GCUGUUCAAUUCCAACCGUACGUCCUUGAGUACAUUCAUUUUCCCGACCCCUCAGGGAUUUUUGCCCUUGGGUGUUACAAAGAUUCACUCAUUGGUUCAGACAGGUUUAACAGCGCGGUGCUGGCAGUCAGAAUUGGCGCUAAGGGGCCUUAGUUUUUUCAAGCCGAGUGGCUUUAUGUUGGCUCACGUGUUUUUUAUUCCGCUCGUCGGUUCAUUUGUCCUCGUUUCGCAUGAAACUAGCUCGCCGAGUGGCUUGUUUACCGUCGUUUUUGAGUUGGCCCAUUCGGCCUUAAAUAGUUUUGCAUCCGGUCAGAGGCAUUACCAAGCGUCCAUUUUUUAUUGCUGUAUUGACUCCCAGUGCGUGUACUGAGGAAUUUUGCCAUAUAUUUUUGUUCUUAUCCUCGUAGAAGUUCUCAAAGAUGCCUUGCAGCCUAAUUUUCAACAGGUUGAAGACGGGCGACUCCGGGCACUGGUUCAAGAUCUCCCCGCAGUUCUUCUUAAAUCCAAAGCCGACAGUACCGCGAGGAAGUACGAAAAGGGCUUCAAUACGUGGAGAAAAUGGGCUUCUCAGUUUAAAGAAAUUGUUAUAUUUCCCGCUUCUAGUGUGCACGUUUCAUUGUUCUUUCUUAGCUUGAUUCAAGAAUCUGCUUCUUGCAGUACUAUUGACGAAGUCCAUUAUGGGCUCAAGUGGGUGCAUGAUUUGGCAGGUCUACCCGACCCCUGUAAUUCCUCGUUAGUUUUACCUUUAAUAGAAUCUGCUAAGAGGCUUCUCAGUAUCCCUGUUAAAAAGAAAGAGCCUGUGACCCCCGAGGCUAUUCAGCUUUUAUUUUCUAAGUAUGGAUCGUCUUCAGCUAGUUUGUCUGAUUUACGAGUGCUUACUUUGUGCGUU